AUGUCCGGCGUCGAUGGGGGCUCCGAAACCCCUGACACGGGGAACAAGAGGCGCCGUACGUCGGGUAUGUACCAGCGGAGACGCGCCGUUGCGGCGUGUGGGCCAUGCCGGGUCCGCAAGACGAAGUGUGAUAACGUCCGGCCUGCUUGCGGCUUCUGCCAACGGAAUGGUGGUCUCUGCACUUAUCCAGAUACGUCAAAUGACUUUUCAACAUUUGAUCCAGCAAGCCUGGCAAUUUUGGACAGAAUUAAUCAUGUCGUCAACCUGCUGGAAAACCAACCGCCGCCACCGCCGCCCCAGGUCGAGCUUCCUUGCACUGCGCCUACAUGCAUUCCAGCCAUCCCACACGGACAACAGGUCCUGUCCCCGAACUCUAUCAAUGGUCCUGGAGGAAGCUCUUGCGCCGUUGUGGAUGAAAACCAAUGCCAGGUUGACGAUGGGUUGCCCGAUGACGACGUUAUGAUUCGAGACACGGUUCCUGAAGUUCACUCCAUCAUUCUCGAACUUGAAGAGGACGACCCUGACUACCUCAGCCAGUCAAGAGCCACCAGCAAUGGGAAUCUGGGAAGAGGGGUGCAGGAGGACGAUUUCACUGUGCUUUCCAAGAAGUUCCUUGCAUACGUCCAUGUGAAGAAUCCGGUUCUCGACAUUGCCGACUUUAAGGGUGAACUGAGAUGCGAGAUACCGUUACCCUCGAGUGGUAUCACACAGCUGAAUUACCCGGACUUAUUCCCCUCGCCGCCUUCAGAAGUUGCUACUCCGGCACCUCAACCCACUUCCCUGGACAUUCUUGAGGAUGACAUCCAACCGGAAGAAGAAAAGAGCUGGUUUUACUAUCUUGCCGAGAUUUCAUCACGGAGGAUGAUAAAUCGAGCAAUAUCCAUCAUGGGCUAUCACGGUGAAGAAGCAUGGAUACGGAAUAUCGCAAAGGUGGUAGAGAAGUGCGAAGACUUCGACCAGCAGAUCAAUGUCUGGUGCUGUCACAUCCCACAACAGAUCAACUGGCAGAAUCGAGAGCUCUCGAAUAACGAGUUGGUUCACUAUAUCCAGAACCGAGCAGAGAGUUGUCGCGAAUGGAUCCAUCGGCCAUUUGUCUACUACGUAAUCCACCAAGCGCCGAACGACCCCUGGCUUCCCCGCGCCAUGCCGCUAGCAGAAAAGUGUCUCGAGAUCUCAGUCGAGCUGCUGCUAGACACAAACUCGCACCAUCGGCAUCACGGAACUUGGUUCAUGGCUAGAGCGGCUAUGACCCGUGCUCUGAUUCUCUUGGCGGCGGUCAAGAGUGAUAGGUUCCGUAUGCCGGACCGGUGGAAACAUGCGGUGGAUUGCGCCACCUGUGCCUUGCAGCGCUGGUAUGGCGAAGCUCCGGAUUUGCGUAGGGCUGCGUCCGUGCUGGAAGACCUCGUCGAUUACAAAGAGUUGCGCUGCAUUUACAAAGGCUGCGACAAACUAUGUCUUCCGAAAACCAAAUACUGCGGCUAUCACAAAUGCACCUUCGAAGGAUGCGCCAAUUUCCGAGACAACGAGAAAGACAGCGAGAGGCUCUUCUGCCGGGAACAUGGCUGCGAGUUUUCCGAGUGCUACUCUGUGGCGAUUCUCGUUAAGAAGACCAGCUUUGGUACUUACUGCCGUCGACACACAUGCUCCGUUGACGACUGCAGCGAAGUGAGCGAGAGUGGUUCUUACUGCAAAACCCACUCUUGCUCGUGGGAUGGAUGCGACAAGAUCCAUGUGAAGUGCGGGACGUUCUGCGAAGAACACGAGUGUAAGAAAGACGGAUGUCACGCCAAGUGUAAAGUCCGUCUGGGCUACUGCGAGGAGCACUGUUGCAAGAUCGAUGGUUGCAUCAACUUCAACGACACCGGAUGCGACAAGCUUUGCUUCGAGCACUCGCGAAAGGAACUGCAUAAGAAAAUCAAGCAUCUGGAAGACAGGCUGAAAGGACGGGGUUUCGAAACACGCCAUCACGACGAACUCAAAUGCCGCCAUGAGAAGCUCAUCCGGGAUUAUGACAGCUGUCUGCUACGUCUCAAUGAGAGCAAAGAAGAAAUUCGCAUCCUCCGCAACACGUGGGUUUCGGACGACGACAGCCGCUUCAGGAGACAGGAUCUGGAGGACCGAAACGCACGGUUGUUGCUUGACUUGGAGCGAGAGCAAAGGAGGGUCGAGCACUGGGAGCGCAAAGCCGGCGACGUACUCCGACGAGUUGACGAAUUGGAGUGCUUACUUGAAAACGAGCGGCUUAGAUGUCCGUCAGACAUGUACGAGCGCCGCAUCGCGGAUCUCGUGCGCAGGGUUGAGAUUCUUGAUGAAGAGCUCCGGUGCGAGCGCGAGAAUCAUACAAUACAUGAGAGCCGACGGCAUGAGGUCGACAGAUUAAUGCGGGUCAUAUCAGACCUUGAGAGAAAGCUCGCCGACGAGCACAUACGAUCUCGGAGAGUUGAGGAACUCGUCAAGAAGGUGGAGAUCUUGAAAGCCAUGGUGGACAGCGAGAGGGAGCAAAAGGAUAUUCUCCUUGAAGAGAUCGCGAAGCGCGACGAUACCGAGCAGAAGAUAGCUGUCGUGGGUGCAGGCGUGACCGGACUUUGUAUCGCGUUAUUGCUCUCUGAUGCUGGCCAUGCUGUCACCGUCGUCGCCCGAAAUAUUGCGGGUGAUUACUCGACAGAAUGGGCGAGUCCCUGGGCCGGUGCUGUCCUGGCACCACACCCAGACUAUGGCCUGGAAGAGUUGCAAGAGCAGUCUUUGCGAGCGUGGAGAGCCUUGGCUCAAAAAGAUGAGAACGCUGGGAUUCGAGCCGUGAAGGUUACCGAAUACUACGAUGACCGCCCCAAUGACGCGUAUAUCUGGUAUCGCGACAGCGUCGCCAACUUCCGAAAGCUGGGAGACAGCGACAUGGUUGCAGGAACCACCCUAGGUUUCACAUACGACAGCCAUGUAAUCAACCCGAACCAGUUUCUCCCCUGGGCGAUGCAGCAACUUCGGGACCGAAGAGUCGAAUUCUUGAAAGCUGCGAUCUCGUCGAUACACGAAGCCAAAGUCAUGACAGGCGCUGCAGUUGUUGUAAACGCCUCUGGCCUUGGGGCGCGAGAGCUUGCUGGGGAUGAUGCUGUGGAGCCUCUUCGUGGGCAGACCAUGUUUGUGAAGACGCCAACUACCGCGGAAGUGAUCUUACGCCAGGGCUCGCAGUACACUUACAUGAUUCCUCGGCCUUCGGACGGCGGAUUCAUUCUGGGCGGAGUGUCCCAGCCCGGAAACACGCAAUCUGAUCCCGACCGCAGCCUCAGACAGGAUAUCCUUGACCGUGUGAACCAGUUGACGAGGGGGAGGUUCUCCUGGCUCAAGGCGGACCAUGAUGUAAUCAAAGACUUUGUCGGGUUCCGUCCUGGUAGGAAGGGGGGUGUUCGUGUCGAGAGGGAUGGCGAUGUCAUCCAUGCGUAUGGAGUAGGACCACUUGGGUAUGUCUUCGCGUUUGGCGUUGCGGCCAAGGUGAAGGGCUUGUUGGAGAAGCCGUUGACGGCCAAGAUAUGA